AUGCAACUAGCGUUUCUGGACUUUGAAGCCGUGUUCGACUCUCCUCACCGAGGCCGUCUUCUGAACGCGCUUCGCGCCGAUGGAGUACCAGGAAAGUUCGUUCGCUUGCUUGAUGACAUGAAUCAACGAACAACUGCUGCAGUUCGAACACCAGCCGGAUUUACAACACCGUUUGAAGUGGUAACUGGAGUAAGACAAGGGACAGUGGCAGGACCUUUCCUGUUCAAUUUCGCAAUCGACGACAUUAUGCGAAGAACAGUCGACCAGUGUCCUGCCGACAUUGUCUUAGCACCAUCUGGGUGCCCCUUAACUGACCUCGAGUACGCCGACGAUGUUGUUAUAUUCGCGGAAAGCAGUACGAAACUUCAACAUGUUGUCAACCUUGUAUCGAAGCUGGCUGCAGCCUAUGGACUACGCCUACGCCCUGAUAAAUGCAAGCAGAUGUGGAUCUCUUCGAGACCACAAACGGGAAUCAGGGUGGACGGACAACCGAUAGAACUCGUCGAUGAGUUCUGUUACCUAGGCUGUACGCUGAAGAACGAUGGCAGCUACGAGAGAGAUGUUCAGCAAAGGUGCGCUAAGGCCACUUCUGCAUUUAACUCCUUAACGAAAUGCCUGUGGUCGACCCCCAUCACCAACGAAGUCAAGCUGCGAGUCUAA